UUGGGCCGGCCCCGGUGCCGAAAGCCCUUGCUUUGACUGCUUUGCCCAAGUUUGAUUCUUCGAUCAAAUCUCAACCUCGCUUUGUAGUGCUACCUUGGUAUGGUAGAACGAAAAACUUGUGUCCGUAUUUGGGUGUCAUUAAACUCUACUCGUGGUAUUAGAAUGGUGAAAUAAAACCCUUCCAGUUCGCGGCUCAUCCAUGACUUAUUGCACUUCAUGGGUAACCGUAGACUUGAAGCGGAUUGCUAUAGCUUUGCGUCAUUGUGGGCGAGUUCAAGCUCCCAAACUCGGGAAAUCGUAUCACUCGCAUUUGAUCAAAUCUGGGGUUCAUCACGACAUCUUUAUAGCCAACAAUUUAAUUUCUAUGUACGUUGAUUUGACGCUCUUGGAUGAUGCUCGCAAACUGUUCGAUGAUAUGGUUCACAGAAAUGUUGUUACAUGGACUACGAUGGUCUCCGCAUAUACUAGUCGCGGAAGACCUUAUGAAGCCAUCGAGCUAUAUUUGAAGAUGUUAGAAUCUAAAACAGAUGAGGAACCCAAUGGCUUCAUGUACUCUGCCGUGCUGAAAGCAUGUGGCUAUGUGGGUAAUGUCGAAUUGGGUCGGCUGAUUCAUAAAAGAAUUAUUUCAGAAAAGUUAGAGCGUGACACUGUUCUAAUGAAUACCCUUUUGGACAUGUAUAUUAAAUGCGGGAAUUUUAAUGAUGCGAGGGAGAUUUUCCUUGACUUUUCAAGUGCGAAUUCUACUUCAUGGAAUACCAUAAUUUCAGGGUUUUGUAAGGAAGGUUUGAUGGAGGAAGCAGUAGGGUUAUUUCAUAGAAUGCCAGAACCAAAUGCUGUGUCUUGGAACAGCAUCAUUGCUGGUUUCGCAGAUAUAGGCAGUUUGCGUGCGUUGGAAUUUGUGUGUAUGAUGCACCAAGGAGGCCUCAGGCUUGAUGAGUUCACAUUCCCAUGUGCUCUUAAAACCUGCAGCUUUGUUGGUUUGUUGGCAAUGGGGAUGCAAAUUCAUGGUUAUGUCCAAAAGUCUGGGUUCGAGUCCAGCUAUUUCACUCUUUCAGCAAUGAUCGAUAUGUACGCAAAUUGCAAUGAAAUAAAGCAGGCAAUCAAGAUUUUUGAUCAAUAUGCGUGCUGCAACACUUACAUCUGUGACAGCCUGGCAAUUUGGAACUCUAUGCUUUCUGGUUAUGUUGUCAAUGAAUGCAAUGUAAAUGCUGUCAAUCUGCUUUUGCAAAUAUAUCAUUCUGGUGUCUCUAAAGAUUCCUACUUUUACAGCAAUGCUUUGAAGGUCUGCAUCAAUAUACUCAACUUAAGACUGGGACGUCAAGUUCAUGGUCUUGUUGUUACUGGUGGAUAUGAAUUAGACUGUGUAGUUGGAAGCAUUCUCAUUGAUCUUUAUGCCAGACAGGGUAAUAUAAAGGAUGCUUUUGGACUUUUUCAUAGGCUUCCAAAGAAAGAUAUUGUAGCUUGGUCAGGCUUAAUAAUGGGGUGUGCUAAUAUGGGAUUGUUACUUGCAGCUUUUUCUCUGUUCAGAGAUAUGAUUAAUUUGAAUGUUGAAGUAGAUCAAUUUAUUAUCUCUAGUGUUCUGAAAGUUUGUUCAAGUUUAUCUUCUCUUGGAAGUGGCAAACAGGUUCAUGCUCUCUGCAUGAAGAGAGGAUAUGAAUUAGAAGAGGUCACCCUCACAUCACUUAUUGAUAUGUAUUCUAAAUGUGGUGAAAUUGAGGAUGGUUUGGCUUUAUUUCUUUCAAUGCCAAAAAGAGAUGUUGUGUGUUGGACAGGGAUCAUUGUUGGUUGUGGGCAGAAUGGAAGACCAAAAGAAGCGAUCAAGUUUUUCCAUGACAUGAUAGGAUCAGGGUUGAAGCCAAAUGAAGUCACAUUUCUUGGUGUCCUUUCUGCCUGCAGACAUGCUGGUUUGGUUGAAGAGGCAUGGACCAUAUUUAACUCCAUGAAGCCUGAUCAUGGACUAGAACCUCAUUUGGAGCAUUAUUAUUGCAUGGUUGAUCUGCUUGGUCAAGCUGGAUGUACAAAAGAGGCUGAAAAGUUGAUUGCUGACAUGCCCUUUGAGCCUGAUAAGUCCAUUUGGGGCUCUAUGCUCGAGGCCUGUGCUAUUCACAAUAAAACUAAUCUGGUUAAUGUUAUAGCUGAACACCUUCUUGCAACCUCAGGAAAAGACCCUUCGAUCUAUGUUAUGCUUUCAAAUGUUUAUGCAAAAUUGGGAAUGUGGGACAAGUUAAGCAAAGUGAGGGAAACUGUUAAGAAGUUGGGUAGAAAAGAAGCUGGAAUGAGCUGGAUUGAGAUUUGAAGUUAACCAAAGGUAUUAGAUGCAUUGUACAGUGCACAACAAUCCAUAGUUAAUCAGAGUUAGGCGGUUGCUCCUCAAUUCUUGAUUUAGUACAAUAUUAAUUUCAAUCGGAAUUAUUGUACAAGACAAUAAAUGUGCUCAACUAUUGGAGUUGGUUAUUGAAACGAGUACAGGCAUGAUGCGAUUGAGUUUCUCUUAAGAAAUCAUUCCCAGGCAUACCCCUUCUUUUUGGGCAAUGAGUCAUAGUUGGCUGCUGGAAGAAUGUGGAGAAUGAAAACGGAAUGAAUGGUUGGAUGUUAGGAUUUUUGUAAAUGAACAAAAGGAGGAAUUAAUGGGGUAUUUGCUUUCUUGAGUAGGCUCUUCUGUGCUUUCCAAGAUGCAGCUUGUGACCCAGCGUGGGAAAAGGAUGCUGAACUGCAUACUUUCGUGUUCGAGAAAUUGUCAAAAUAAGCAGGCAGCACUGCCAAUCUAAGCUUUCUUGAAGGGGUUGUGCUGUUCGGAUAGAGAUUGUUCAUCAAGACUACUGCUUCUAGAGAUUGAUGACUACUUUAGCUAGUGGAGGUCAGGUCAGGUUUGCUAUGGUAUCUUCUGUUCUGAAAUACAAAGAAGGUGCAAAAUGCAAAUACAUUGUCCAAAUUCAAUAGCUGGACAACAUUUUGGUGUGGGCAAAGGCUACAAGACAAAGGCAGGACACAAAUGCUAAAGCAAGCUCAGCCUGUACUGAUGGAGAAGUUGGUGUCUGAACCUGCGGUGGAGAACAACAAACUACAAAAAGUAUCAGCGCAGCUUUCACUCAGAUUUUCAGGUUUCAUGAAGAUCUCACCACAUUCAGGACAAGGACAAAUGGUGCUCCUCUCUCUAGUGAAUCCAAGAACAGGAUCAACCACCAUUCUACACUCAUAACAGCCGGAAAAUCUUCUGAAUGGCAUUC